AUGGAGAAGAAGAUGGAGGAAUUACUGGAAAAAUCCAACAGGUCCGCAAGAAAGGCUACAGGUCUAAGAUAUGAUGACCUGUGCAUGCAUCCAGAUUUGGACUUACCAGAAGGGUUCAAAAUCCCAAAAUUUGAGAUGUUCAACAGGACAGGGAAUCCCAGGCGCACCUUCGCUCCCACUGCGACCAAUUGUCGUAGUCUGACCAAAGAAGCCACUGAGUGGUUCGCAACUCAAGAUAUACGCCAAUGGCACACCUGGGAGGACAUGGCAGAAUCCUUCAUGGAGAGAUUUCGCUUUAAUGUUGAAACGGUACCCGACCGCUAUUACCUUGAAAAGGUCAAGCAGAAAUCAACAGAAAACUACAGGGAGUUUGCCAGCAGGUGGAGGGCCGAGGCAGCCCGUGUGCAGCCACCGAUGUGUGAGGGAGAGCUAGUCUCUGUGUUCAUUAGAUCCCAGGAGCCUGAUUUCUACGACAGAAUGUUGUCCAUGGCUGGGAGGCCAUUUGCUGAGUUGGUCAAAAUGGGAGAGGCCAUAGAAGAUGGUCUCAAAUCUGGGAAAAUAGUUAGUGUCUUUAACAAGGCAUCUGGACAAGCUACUGCAGGAAUCUUCCGCAAGAAGAAAGAGGACGUGAGUAUUGGUCCCCAAAGCAAUCGAGUCCCUGGAACAAACAGUAGCCUCCCUCACACUCCAGGACCACCCCAAUUUCAAGGUUCUGAUCCCAGUGCAACGGAUUUCCAUGUGACAGAACUAGUGGGAGCUGCCCACAGGAUAGACUCCCCAGAGGUCUCCAUGCCUGCGGUUUAUAAAAUGAUUGCUUCAACUAUACUUCAGAACAGGUUCAAACCCGGGAAGAGUCUGGGAAAGCAUUUGCACGGCAUCACUGAGCUGAUUCCCAUUCCUUAA